ACGUUGGUAGUGCAUUUAUUAUCAUAUGUUUACGGUCGGUGGACGAACAUCAUUAAAAAGUUGCUCUUCCGUCCCAGAUGUAAAUUAAAUAAACAGAAAAAAACUAAAGUAACACGUUUAAAAAAAAGCCAUUUGAACAAAUUUUCACAAUGAGUCAUUUACGAAAAGCAGUUUUAGGACGUAACGUUAAACGCACAGGCUUAGCCCCUAACCAACAAGACUUUGCCCCCAUUAAGUGGGAUCAGUAUUUUGAUAGUGAAGAUGAUGUUACAAUUGAUAAUGGAACUUUCCAUGUUUAUAAAAAGGGUGACUCAGGGCCAGCUGUGGUUUGCCUCCAUGGGGGCGGCUACUCGGGCCUCACAUGGGCGUUAUUUGCUGUGGAAAUUACUACUAAUAUUGAGUGUCAGGUUAUAGCAAUUGAUCUCAGGGGGCACGGGAAUACUACAUCAGCCGACGAUAGUGACCUUUCGUUAGAAACCCUGUCUCAAGAUGUUGUUGCUGUACUUAAUAAAUUAUUUGCGGAGGAGGAACCUCCUAUGGUAUUUGUGGGUCAUAGCAUGGGGGGCGCUGUUGCUGUACAGUGUGCACACAUGGUUAAAACGUUGGGGCUUUGUGUAAUAGACGUGGUUGAAGGGACCGCCCUUGAUGCUUUAUCCUCCAUGCAAAGUAUUCUAAGGGGGCGACCCACAACCUUCAAAAGUGUUCAGCAUGCAAUUCAGUGGUGUUACAAAGGGGGCCAAACUCAUAAUAUUGAGGCAGCUAAAGUUUCAAUGCCGGGCCAAAUAAUUAGUAUUCAGACUGGUAAUUUAGCAGCUAAUGAAUGUGAUACAAUUGAAUUAAAACCGGCUGAGGAGUUGUCGGCUCCUGUGAAAAAACAAGCCCCGGCAACUCCUACAAUUGUUGAAGAAGAUGAUGAAAGUAAUUGCUCUGAUUGCGGGAAACCUCCCCUCCCUAAAUCCGCCAAGACCGACCCUGGUAGUGGCGAAGACGGCCCUAAAUACACCUGGAGGAUUGAUCUAAGCAAGACUGAACGUUUUUGGACUGGUUGGUUUAAAGGAUUAUCGCAAAAAUUUCUCGAUUUACGUGUACCGAAAUUACUUUUACUUGCUAAUAUACAUGGCCUUGAUACCGCCCUAACUGUGGGGCAAAUGCAAGGCAAGUUUCAAAUGCAAGUAUUAUCAAAAUCUGGCCAUGCCAUUCAUGAGGACCAGCCUAAUCAAGUGGCUGAGAUAAUUGGUGGGUAUUUAGUCAAACAAAAAAUUGCCAAUGCUAAAGUGGAACUAGUCUGUCCAAUGCCUGGUUGUUAAUUUAUUUCGUUUUUUGUUCGUUUUUUUUUCGUUCGUGUUCUUGUAAUAAAAUAAAAUAAAAAGUGUAUUCUUCCUAAA